CUAAGCGAGUUAACUCAACCAUUUUCGUUUCCUCUCUCUCUCUCUCAAAUUCUCUUUUCAAUGGGAAAAGCUCCCUGCUGUGACAAAGCCAACGUGAAAAGAGGGUCAUGGUCGCCUGAUGAAGAUGACACGCUCAGAAACUAUCUCCAGAAACAUGGCACCGGCGGCAGCUGGAUCGCUCUUCCACGUAAAGCAGGCCUUAAACGCUGCGGGAAAAGUUGUCGCCUGCGGUGGCUUAACUAUCUCAGGCCAGACAUCAAGCAUGGAAGAUUUACCGACGAAGAAGACAACAUCAUAUGCUCCCUCUAUAACAGCAUAGGAAGCAGGUGGUCUAUUAUAGCUGCCCAACUUCCGGGAAGAACAGACAAUAAUGUAAAGAACCAUUGGAACAGCAACCUGAAGAAAAGAUUAUCGUCGGCAAAAACCAACACCUCCACCAGUUCGGUUCCUGUUGAAGCUGAAGCUCUUGCUCACUUGAAUGCAACUGGAACUACAAUAUCGUCUUCUCCCAUGGCAGACGUGGAAUACCAGCAGAAUUAUGAUAUUUCGGGGUCGGUUUUGGACCAGAUCGAUCAGGUUCCUCUACCGGGGCUUAUGGAUUAUAGCGCGACGACGAGUACUACUGCAAGUAACAAUUACAGUAUGUCAUCUUCUCAAGAUGUUUCGAAUCUCUUCAGUUCAUCUUUCUUUUCCCUGGAGGAUUACUCUACUGCUUGGUCUAGCAAUGGAAGUGCUGAAGAUCAAAGAAUUGUAUUGGAUCAUCAUGAUUUUGAGGGGCCUCACUAUCUGUUCACUGCCCCUGAUCAGAUGUAG